UCAGUGUGGCAUGCUCUUUAGCCGUAAUCAAUGUAAAGAUUUAUAUACGUAUAUAUUUUUUAUUCAUUUGUUAACAAAUUGAACUGUUUAGAAGACAGAGCUGUAGCUGUAACGUUACUUCCUAAAAGUAUGAGGAAAAAAGUGAAAGGACUCGGUUGAAGACGAGAGUCGACACAUCUGCACGAGCGCCUCGGGAAAGCGAUUACCGAAACAAGUGGAAACUUGAAAAGAAAAGCAAAAGUGUAGAGAGGAUCAUGGUGUACUGUGUGUGUAUAUAUAGUGGUGUGUAUAAUAUGAGGAAGGUGAAAGAAGAGGCGUUUGGGUGAAAGUGUGUGUUCCUGUGGUCGCUUGGUGAUGGUGGGAGGGAGUCGCGAGGCAGCUUGUGUUGUUGUUCUCUAGGUAACGGAGACUCGAGGCCUCGGUAUCAACUACACUGAUUUUGAGGAACCGAACAACUAAAAUAAAAGAAGACUUUUCUUUUUAAAAUAAAUUUUGCAUAGUUCUGGAUACCCGAAUUAGGUUAUCCCUAAUGAGCAGGCCUGAGGCGACGGUGGCGAGGAAAAACUCCCUGAGAUGAUAUGAGGAAUAAACCGUGAGAGGAACCAGGCUCAGAAGGGAACCUCAUCCUUAUUUAGGUGACACUGGACAGUAAAUAAUGUCCUUUCUACAACAUCCACCCAGAGGUCUUGAGGAACUAAUAGAUUUGUGUUUCAUCACCUCGGCUACACCAGGAUCUCAGCCGUGAUGUUGAAGACAGACUCUGAUAUAUCAGUAAGUAAGUGGACCUGUAAGCUUCAAAUGCACUUUGUCGAUGCAGCGUGAGAGACAGAGGAGGAAACGAAGUAAAUGGAGGGUAAAAGAAACACCCCUAGAGUGCGUGUGCGCGCAUGGACCCCCGCCUCAGGAUACUCUUCACCCCCGAGCCCAGUCAGCUCACAGCUCAGUUGGGACGAAGGCGGAGACGAGGAUUUCCAGAGCCAGAUGGAUGAGAAUGGCAUCAUUGGCCUGAGAGAGACACAAGGGGAGCUGGAGCAAGAAGACGAGGUCGUAUCAGAGGAAGAAGAGGAUAUGUUUUUAGAUGUUGGGACUCCAGAGCCUGAAGAUGGUCCUCCUCCUGUACUGGGAGAUGUCAGCUUUCACCUGAGUGAGCUGCUGGACUCUGAGCCUCUCUCCCAACCCAUAGGAGAUGACUGUCUCUCACCUGCACACAAUGAUGUUGAAUAUAGUGUUUCUCUGGAGGACUGGAGUGAUGAUGAUGAUGAAGAGAAACUUGAUGAGGAAGAUCAGGAGAGCUUCAACAUCCAUAGACCUAUCCCACAUUCAAGUCCAGACAGAGAUUUCAUUUCAGAAAUUCCGAAUGAUGAGACCGUGGAGAUUAAGAUGCAAGGAGACGAGUCGCAUCCUCUUGAGAUGAAUAUAGUUCUCCAGGAUAACUGGAUGGAAAGUUAUGAUGUCACCAGUCAUGAAGGAAUGAAUAAUAAUAACAAAUCUGAUAUAGUAACUUUAGAAACCUGCGCACCCUCCCAGAACAGUUGUGAUGAGAGGAGCCAUGUGUCUUCCUCACCCUCCUUCAAAAGCGCCCCUCAGACCCAUAUCCAUCCCAACGUCCCCGAACUGACUUUACAAGACAAGGCAAGUGACUGUGGGAUUGAAGGUGAAACGUUUGAAGAGCUAGCUGGGUCUUACAGCAGUCGACUCAGACACAGCCCUAGGACUUACCAACCUGUCAGUGUAGCUGAGGAGGAGGAAGAACAGCCUGCUUCUGCACUGAGGAGCUUUGAGUCAGAAAAUGGUUCACCUGAAUUCAAGCAAAAGUCUGCUAGGUCUCGGCAAAGUCACCAUCAGCCUCCUGUUUCCACUUUUCGAGAGAUCAAUUCCUCACCACAGGUGAAUUACUCGUCUUUCAACUCAUCUGCAAAGUCUACAGCUAAAGACUCCACAUCUGGACACAGGAGACAUCACAGACCCUCUAAAACAUCUUACACUGACCUUAGAGAUGUGAGGAAGGGCCAGCUGAGUCAUCCAUUACCAGAUUUUUCCAAAGUGGAGCCCAGAGUUCGUUUCCCUAAAAGCAGAUACACCCCCCCGAAGAGUCGGAAGCCCCCUCCCAAAGAAGAUGCAAAACCUGAAGCUCCUGUCAUGUUCAAGUCCCCUGCUGACAUUGUAAGGGAAGCUCUGUUGAGUAAUUCUGAAGGGCCCUCAGAUUCCAUAGCCACCACUGACUCCCAGAAGCCCUCGAACACUACAAUGCCCGAGGAGUUCCGAUGCCCUCUGCAGGCCAGCACUAUGGUGCAACAGCUUCAGGAGGAUUACAAUAGGCUUCUAACAAAGUAUGCAGAGGCUGAGAAUACCAUUGACAGGCUACGUUUGGAAGCCAAGGUAUCCCUACACUCAGAUCCUCCCAAACCCAGCCAGCUUGCUCUGUCAGGUUUUCUGAAGGAGGGGUCAAAGGUUAUGACUCUGAGUUUCCCCCAGGCUCAGAGGGCAGAGCUGGGCACCAAUGCCGUCCAGCCGACUCAGCCAAGGCUCAGCUCAGCUACCAGAGGGACACCCACUCGUCCAUCCUCUGUGGACUCUUUUAUUUCCAGCUGGCGGGAAUCUCCUGCUGCAACUCCACUAACUGAAGCACUCUCCAAACAGAUGGCGAGAUUUCAGCUACAGGUUAAUGAGUUUGAGAAGCUACUAAAGACUAGAAAACUUAAUCCUUCUGAGCAGACACAGGGGUUGUCUCGGCUGACUAAGGGACAGGAGUCGAUAGAAAAGGCUUACCUUGCUGCUCGUGAAAAGCAUCAACAACUGCAGAGGCAAACAGGAGGGAAGUCCGGACCUUUUGACCCUGACAGGGAACUCGAAAGUCUGAUAUUUGAGUCAGGGUUACAAUUGGAGGAACUGAAGGAGUGGAUUGAACAGCCAGAAGCUACUCCAAGAGACCCCCAUCAUGCCCUUCAGCCCUGUGCUUCUCUGAAAGAGACAGAGCCGCAGCCUGAGAACCCCGCCUGUGCAGCUCAUGCAGAGGUCAUGGUUGGCUUGGAGGUGAGUUCUGUCAGUGGGGAGAGUGAUGGAGAGAGAGAGGAGGGUGAAGAAGACAUGCUUCCAUCUGUCCUCCGUCCCCUCGACCACAAACAUCAACGUGUGGAGAAAGACUUUAGCAAGCUGAUGGACCACUACCAGGACUUUAGAGAUUUCUCCAAGCUGCUGGACAGAGACCAAGCUGAGGUGGACCGAAAUUCCAUGGAGUUAGGAAAUCAUUCUCCUCACCCUGAUAGGAUAAAGAGUGAACAGCAAUGGAGAUGUAAAAACAAGCAGCACACAGACAAACCUCACCAGCCGCUGCCAGUGGCAGACUCUCUCUCAGGCCCCUCUUGUAGCUCAUAUGUGUGUAACUCUAUGGAAACUCUCCCAGAGGCCCCAGUCCCAGCUUCAGCAUUACCAAGGAAACAGGGCAGUGGAAGGAGUGCUGCAGGUAGCAUAAAGUCCCACAGCAGCCGGGGAAAGAGAGCAGCCAUGGGAAGAAGGGCCUCUAAAGAGAAUGACAGGGCCCUGAGGGCACAGCUUCAGGAUGGUGUGGUCACUCCGGAAACGGAUAGUGGAUUCGUGGGCUCAGAGAGCAGUCGACUCACACCUGCAGUACAGAGCCCUGUCCAGCAGAGGUCAGCAGUGAGGGCGACAAGGCCAUCUGUCGCACAGGAAAAGUGCCGAAUAAAUCCUGAGUCUAGCGCCCCAGCACACACACAACCAUCUUCAGAUCCUUCUAGAGCCCAUGCCAUUGCCUCUGGAGGUGCUCCAGGGUCCUUGGGGAGAAGAGGAGAGGCAAGGAUGCGGCACAUUCCAAGUUCAUCUGCUUCCAGCUCCCCCCUGCGCUGGCCUAGUACACCUCUCCAGCCUUGGCCUAGUAGUGGCAUUAGUGAGCUGGAGCAACAGAGCGAGUGUGCCCAUUCCUUAUCGGAAGAUGGAACACGACAGGGUGACCGACACACACAACUGUCCAAUCAGGAUCCUUCUUAUCUCAGAAGCUCCUCCCUCACUGCACCCUAUCACCAUGGUGACCACCUCAAAGCCCAAAGUUCUGGGCAGCUGGCGAAUCACCAUGAGGCCAUCGAGUCUCUUCAGGCAGAGGUGCACAAACUGAAGGAGCACUUAGAGGGAACUCUCAGGGGAUCCAGUCCUCUCCAUCGCAUGAGAGCGCCCCCUUCUCACUCGAAAGAUAUUAGAGAGCAUACACGUCCUCACACAUCUACACCUCAUCCACGGCAGCGUGAUUUCAGGUCUUUGGAGAGAAAGACAGCCAGCAAGAAAGAACCAAGAGAGACUGUCGGCACUGUGAAGAGUGAUCAUGAAAGAAGUAUACCAAGAAGAAGAUCAGCAUCUGUGCCCCGCUUCAGACCAGAGCCAGAUGCCAGUACGGAUUCGGAGCAUACUCAGUCUGAAGACAUGACACCAAAGCACAUCCCAACAUCACCCGUGAUGACACAGACAACCCGGAGAGUGAGGGCUGAAACCCGACGAAUCCCAAAGACCCACUCAUAUCGCCAGAGGCGUAGCGUAUCAGCCGACAGAUCAGAUGUGAGAAAUGCUGAGGCUGAAGGCAGAGGAAGGCCGGUACCUUUGUGCUUGAACUGUUUGGCACGACGCAACAGAUCCUCUGGAUAUCAAGAUAGAAACAUCAGCUCACCUCGUUACUACUCUAAUCACUGUCCACUGUGUGGAGCAAAGAAAAGAGAGACAGUCCCUCCAUCUGCAUACCAAUGCACCAUGCAGAAGGAAACUCAGCCAGUGAGGUCCACCCACAUGCAGACCGGGGGCGUGUACCUGGCAGUAGCACCUCCCACUCCAGUGAUUGGUAGUGUGCCUGUUCUCCAGUGUGUGCCUGUUGCUUCAGUUCCUUCAGUCCUCUACUACUCCAGCCCCGUGGUGUCAGCCUCCUACCAAAAGCCUCUUUAUGUUUCACCAAGUGCUGCGAAAGGCUACAUGGGUCAUCGUAGGCGCUCGCAUUCUGUAGAUGCCCAGCGCUCUCUCAACCGUUCUCUGGGCCGCGCCAUCGCCGCCGUCAGCAGCGUGAGAGAGAUGUCUGAGCGCAUGGUGCACUCUCUUUCCUCAGGACUGCAUCCACUCGCAAAAUCCUGCACCUACUGAUGCUGCAGCUUUACUCUAUGCUUCCGUGUGACUUCUAGAGAAACCAGACUGCAGCUUGCAGUUCUUGACGUGAGAUCUCUAGACACUCACAUUUUAACCUUGGCAGCUGUACUGUGAUGAGCGGUGAUCGCACUGUUUACGUUAGUUUACACGCCCAUUUUAUGAUAAUUUUGUAAUAAUUUCAGAUAUUGGAAAUAGGGUUCGUGUCGGUGUGUGUAAGAUUUUGUACUGGGAAAUAUUCUUCUGCCUUUCUGCACUAGGUUUUAUUAGUGCAGUUAUGCACAGCGCUUCAUUUUUAAAAUGUCUUUGUAAUAAAUAAUCUAAAUCUGUUUUCAUAAUAGAAAAUGCUGCUAAAAUUAGUGGCCCAUGAACAAUUUAGGGAAUUUGAUUGGUUUUUUUAUAAGCUUUGUGCCCUUAAAUUGAGAUUUGAAAAUGCAGGAGCUCCAGAGUAUCACAGAUUCUGAAUCCUGACAAUGACGCAGUCCCAUAAAAGCAAACCUGAUGUGGUGUUAAUCAUGCUGCUGUCAUUCAGAGUGACUCUGUGAGCUCAGGUAUGCGGAAGAGGGUCGAUAGCACUUUCCUUCAAGUGUCUCGCACUGCUCUGUGAUGCCGCAUGAGAAGCUGUUUAAAGCGUUGUUGUGGAAGCAAGAAAAUUUACGGAUUAGACCACAAUAAAUAAGCCAACAGCGCAUAAUGUUUAGUUAGGAAGUAUGAUAGUCUGUCAUCAGAGCAGCAUUGAUCCAUAUGCAGUUUAAUUAAUAAUCAUGCUGGGAGAAAUCUACCACGAUUCUGAGAAUUCAUUGCUGUUUCGAUUUUUCGUGACAAAAUCCUGAAAUUUUGUACUUUUGUAUUUCGAAGAUAUUAAAAUAGCUCUUAACACAUCCUUCAA